AUGGGUAAAACUACUAGAUGGUUGAAGGGUUUGUUUGGAAUGAAGAAGGAGAAAGAACAAAGUAACAGAUCAGGGCCAUUGUUUCUGGACAAGAAGGAGAAAAAACACAGGAACAAAUCAGGUCCAUUGUUCCUAGACAAGAAAGAGAAGAACAAAAAUCAUCAGAGUCACAUUAAUCAAACAAGUGUUCAAGGCUUUGAUAAUGAUUCUUGGUACAAAACCUAUGUUGCUGAAAAACAGAAUGAUUACAACAAAAAAGCAAUUCUUUUAAGAUCAUUAAGCCAUGGCAGUAGUAGAGGAUCAUUGUUUUUUGGUAGCCGGGAGGGGAUGGCUGCUGUCAUGAUUCAAUCCAUAUUCAGAGGCUAUUUGGCGCGAAAAGCUCAUCGAGCACUAAGAGGAUUGGUUAAGAUACAAGCUCUUGUUAGAGGAUUCCUAGUUAGGAAAAGGGUUGUUGCAACACUUCACAGUAUUCAAGCUCUUAUGAGAGCUCAAGCUGUUGUCCGGUCUAGACGAGCCCGUAGAUCCUUUGAUAAGGAGAAUGCGCACCCAACGCAGCAUAUCCGUGGUCGAAAACAUGUGCAAUUGAGUGAUAAAUGGCUUCCCAAUUCUACCUCAAGUAGAUUUGAUCCAAACCGGGAGGUUGUCGCGAUUGAUCCUCACAGGUCUAGUUCAAGAUCUUCAAUGUCUGAAUAUAGAGACGAUACGCAUCAUCAUUACUAUGAAACAGCAUCAUCAUCUCUUCUUAGUCAUCUUUCGCGUAAAGUUUCAGUUCACGAAUGCCAACAUUCUCAUGAUUUUGAUUCGUGCUGCAAUAAUGUCAGCGAUGAACAUAAAUUCUUCACGGCUGAUAGCACUUCUCGAUUAUCAAACUCUUCCCAAGCGAAUACUCCGUUGGCGAAGAAUGUUUCUGAAGAGUCCGGCUUGUUCUUGCGUUACUCUAAUUGUCCUAACUACAUGGCUAAUACUCAUUCAUCCAAGGCAAGAGUGGUAAGGUCUCGCAGCGCACCAAAGCAAAGAUCUGAGCUCAACAAACGGGUUCCACUUGAGGAAAUAAUGGCCACAAGAAAUAGCAUAAGUUAUGUUAAAAUGCAUUGGUAA